AUCCCAAUCCUGGAUUGGGAUCGUGGCCCCGCGGAUCUCAGGAGGGCACGGGUCCCGCUUUGUCUCUAGUGUCCCGCUGCCCGAACGGCGGGAACUCCCGCAGGGCGCGCGGCGUUCGGGCCGGGCCCAGGGGUGGGGCGGGGCGCGGAGCGAAGCAGCCCGGCCCACUAACUUCCAGCCAGAGCUGCGGCGGCCCGCACAGCCGGAGCGGCGCUGGGCGGCGAGUUUGUCAACAAUCGCCUCGCCUUCGGCUGCCUGACCCGUAGGCGCCGCCCCCGCCGCCUCUGCCCAUUGGCUCCGAUGAGGAACCACCGAGCGUGGGCCAAUGGGGAGCACUGGCAGCCGGCGCCGGCAGCGCAGGGCUGGCGGUGCCCGCGCGGCGGCGGGAGCUGCGCGCGAGGGGCGGAGCGGGAGGAGGCGGAGGAUGAUCCCGGCGGUGACCGGUGCAGCGCGGGCCAGAAGCACGGCGCGCGAAACCUUGGGCUCCCCGGCGGAGCGUGGCGGCGGGCGGACGGGCAGGCGCGGGGUUCUAGAGCCCAGGGCCCGGCUUUGUUUUCCUUGUCUCCUCGGUGGCGACGCUCAGGGGUCAUCCGAUCGGCGCGGGACACCGCGCUCGGAAGGGAAGGGGAGGACAAAAAAAGACCAAAUGGCCAAGCAACCUUCUGAUGUAAGUUCUGAGUGUGACAGAGAAGGUGGACAGUUGCAGCCUGCUGAGAGGCCUCCCCAGCUCAGACCUGGGGCCCCUACCUCCCUACAGACAGAACCGCAAGGUAAUCCCGACGGUGAAGGGGACCGCUGCCCCCACGGCAGCCCUCAGGGCCCGCUGGCCCCACCGGCCAGCCCUGGCCCUUUUGCUACCAGAUCCCCACUUUUCAUCCUCGUGAGAAGAUCUUCUCUGCUGUCCCGGUCCUCCAGUGGGUAUUUCUCUUUUGACACAGACAGGAGUCCGGCACCCAUGAGUUGUGACAAGUCAACACAAACCCCAAGUCCUCCUUGCCAGGCCUUCAACCAUUAUCUCAGUGCAAUGGCUUCCAUAAGGCAGUCUCAAGAGGAACCUGCAGAUAUCCGCCCCGAGAUAUGGAUUGCACAGGAGCUUCGGAGGAUUGGAGAUGAGUUCAACGAAUCUUACAGAAGGAGGGUAAAUAAUUACCAAGAGGCUGAAGACCACCCUCACCACCCUCAAAUGGUUAUCUUACAACUGUUACGCUUCAUCGUCCGUCUAGUAUGGAGAAGACAUUGACAGGAUCUUCACACCACCAGGAUAAAUGUGGACAUCCAUCUUGUUCGGAGGACCAGAACCCCAGCACUGUGCAAUGGGUGGCUCUGUCCCAGAGAGGUGCUGAGGGUGGCCGACACACUGCACUGUGUCCAUGUGAACUUAACCUUUCUGUUCAUCACCACAUGGCAGAAUUUCGAGUAGACAUUUGUUGUGAAUGUAAACAAGGGAGGGCUCUUCUCUUAUUAAUGUACAGAUCCUGGGACUUUGGGAUAGCGUCAUAUGCAAGAAAGGUGUUUACAUGUGGUGUGUUCAUUUGUUUUUUAAACCUGCUUUCUUUGAUAACUGGUUUUUUUUUUUUUUAAUCUCCUUUGUUUUGAGGGUUUUUUUUUUUUUUUUUUUUUUUUUUUUUUCAGAAAAGAAAUGAAAACUUUUUAGCCAACUUGUGGAUGAUUUUUAUACUUAAAAUCCUAAGGACCUGUUGCCUAUUCUCAGAGGAUAUGUAACCCUGCAGUGGGAACUGGGCCAGCUGAUUUAUACGGCUGCCUUAGUUUAUUUUUGGAGAUUACUGUACAGAAUUUUUAAACAGUGAGAGUAUGGUGUUGUCCUCUCUACUCUACUCUAACAUGGCUUCUUUGAGUUUCUUUUUAAUUAUUGCUACCAAAACAGUUCUUAGGAAAUGGAAUGGGUUACCGUGGCCAAGGGUCUGUUCUGGUGUGCCGCUCCCAUUUUGUAAAUGCUUACCUCCUUAGCCCAGUUGCUUCUGUGGCAAAAUUUCACACUUUCUGUGUUUUCCCUCAUCUCCCCAUACUCCCAGUCUGUCUCCACACUGAUGCACAGGUUUGGCCCAGGGUACUCUCAUGAUACAAUGUGUUUGGGUCAGCAAGGGCUAGGGGCUGCCUAGAUUGGUCUUAGCUCCAUCAAUCAAGCUGACUCAUGGGUAGGGCUUUUGUUCACCUCACUUCAUUGUGGUGGGUUUGUUUGUGAGAAGGCAGACUCACAUUUACUGAAGCUGUUAACUCUUUUGGUUGCAGGAUUUUUCCAUGGCCAUGAGCUCUGCCUUGCUUGCAUGAACCAGAUGGGCCAGGACCCACACUUUUCUUGGGGAUUGACCAGGUCAUUUUGGGAGCAAGGGGCUCAGGUAGUCAUUUUCCUUGGCAUGCUUCUCGGCAUUUAGCCCUGCUCAUCCCACCUGGCCUGUGACACCUGAACUUCAUCUGCAUUCCUUUGAACCUACCUUGAAACAGAGACUGGCUCUGCCUUAGCAGUUACCAUACAUAGGAAACCUCCCCUGCAUCAAGUGAAACAUCCUUUUUGGUCUUCCAAAAGAUGACUGACUACUUUGUUCUCCGUGUUCUUAACAGUUUGAUCUUGGUGGGCCACCUGUGUCUGGGGUGGGGGGUGCUCUUUCUUGGUACCUACCCCUUACGGCCACAUGCACCAGAAGCCCACACACUGGUCAGCCGUCUCAAGAGCAGGCAGGGCUGGAGGUGUGUAGCCUGGUGAAGGAACACUGUCCUAGCAUGUGCAGAGGCCCUGGACUCCAUCCCCAGCACCUCCCAAAACGAACAGCACACAUGUAGGCACACAACCAGGGAGAUUCAAAAAGGACAGAGCAUCAGUGGGGUGGGGAGAACUGUAAGCCCUCUAACUUGUGAAAACGUCAAUCAUCAGGCAGCUUGCUUAGAGAAAUGCAUGCGUUUCCAAGCAAGUCGACAGUGCCAACAACUGUGUUUGCUUUUGCCCGGUAGAGGGCCAGUGUUUUUUGUUAUUAAGUAGAGAAAUCCAUUCAUUCCUACAUUCCGCUCUCGUGUGUGUGUGUGUGUGUGUGUGUGUGUGUGUGUGUGUGUGUGUGUGUGUGCUUAUAUGUAUAUAUAUAUUGCCUAUAUGCUUUUCCUUCUAGAUUGAGAUCACUUGAUUCCAAAUAUUCUUCCUUUUAAACCCAUUUCUUUCCCAGCUUCCUCAGAUUAUUGUUUGAAAGCUGUGUUGGCGCUCACCUUGUUUCCUGAUAUGUUGAGACUAUGGAGAGUUCCCAUAUGGCCUGUUGUUACAAGGUGGUAUUAAGAGUGUAGCCAUGGUUCUGCUAGACACACACACACACACACACACACACCAAAGACAUACUUGGUCCUGGGCCACUCCACUCCUAGGACCUCCGUGCUCAUGAGCCAGUCUGUGACUGACACACUUUACAGUCUCAGCCCUAUGGCUCUGUGGUACCUCUUUGGCAGGUGCAGAAGGCUCCCAGAGCCAGGUGCCAGUGGCAUGUGUGGCCCUUCAAGCAUGCUUACCUCUGGCCUAUUGGCCUCCAAUCUAGGGCUGGCCAUCAAAGCAGCUCAUGGAGAUGGAAAAGAUUCAAUGAAUUGUAGAAGUAUUCAAGAACAGGAUGUGGCACCCGGAACUUAGAUAUGACUGGAUGUCCCUGUACUGUAUCUGCUUAUUAAAAUGCAAAUAAGAAAGUAUGUCUGCCCACUGUGGGUGGACCCUUGUACUUAAUUUUUAUUUUAUUAUUGUUAUCUCUCUCUUUUUUGGGGGGGUAGAACAGAAACUCCCCGUGUGUGUGUGUGUGUGUGUGUAUGUGUGUAUGUAUGUGUGAAUGAGUGAACAUAAUGCGGGUUUUGUGCCUUGACAGCCUCCCCAUGUGAGGUUUGUAAAAAAAAAAAAAAAAAAAGUGAAGUCCUGUGACUUCACCCCAAGAUGCAAUAAACACACGAAAUGACUUCCUGAGUAAUUCUUCAGAUUUCCUUCCCAGAAACAAUUUUAUGAAUUGGGGGGGAGGGGGUUGGCUAAAAAAAAUCAGUUUAAAAUCUCUUUUCAUUAAAAUAUGUAAUGGAUAAUGUACACAACCUCUCCUGUUUCCUCUUAGUGUUGUAUAUAUUUUGACUAUUUAUUAGAUUAGGAAGUCGUGUUUUAUUCAUCAACUGAGCCAAAUGUCUGUGUGCAAUUGUGUUUCCUUUACCUUUCUUUGUAAAAUUUUGUACUGCAUAAAUGAGUGUAAAAAAAAAUCACUGUUUUUCUAAACUUCUCAGAAUUAAGGAUUGUAAAUAUUGUAGGUUCUUUUUCUGUGUAAUGUGCCCUACUGUUUCAUAAUGCUGUAACUUGUAGAAAUGUUGUAUAUUUAUUUUCUGCUUAUUUAAUGUCUUAAGUUCUUGAAAGUGUUGACAUCCCUGCCCCCCAUACCCCUGCCAUCCCAUGAAUUACUUCAGCUCCUGAGGUGGGGAGCAGUGACUGGGUCUGCUCUCCCAAGGUGGCCUCCCGCUGUGGCUCCUGGCAUUCAGUUCUUAGAUUCUGCCACCUUUCUGAUGAAAUUAGUGUUUUGCUGCCCAUAAGAUACCCUAGAUGUGGUAGGCUGGAAGGCUGUACUCUAAAAAAACACCCCCAUCAAACCUAUUUGUUGUAAAGCAGCUGGCUUCUGAGAAAAACAGAUUUUCCAGUAAGUUGGCCAUAUCUUUAGAGAAGUAUUAUCAGCAGAUGGGAAAGGUUAUUUUGGGUUUUUUUUUGUUUGUUUGUUUGUUUUGUUUUGUUUUCCCAUUGAAAAGAGUAUCGUUGACAACUCAGUGUUGAGAGAAAUACAAUCCUGCCACCUCUUGAGGUGCUGCUGUGUGGCUGUCCUGGAUAGGAGGAGGGCCGGUGGGGCAUUUGCCAAGACCACCUGUCUCACCAGGACACUUGCUGGCUACUGUCCCCACCUGCUGUGUGAUUCCUAGGUUGAGGUAUAUAGCCUGUAGUAAGGAACUAAGCUGUUCAGCUCCCUCCCUCAUUCAUUGCAUUAGUCCAGCCUUCUUCACAGGUCCAUGCCCUUGCUCCAACUCUUCAUAUCCCCCAAGAAGAGGUCAGGGUCCCGCUGGCCUUGGUUGUCAAAAUGGAAAAGCUCACUGAGGCUCUAGGGGCAUAUGACUUAACGUAGACAGCUCUGUCCUCCCUGCUGAUUUAGCCUGGUGCCUGUGUGUGUCGGCUCGGUACGGUGUGUGUGCGCGGGUUGUGUCCACACGUGUCGCUAAAUUGGCGGGGAUUCCCUCCCAAACAGCAUUGCAUAGAGCAUCCUCAAGCUCCCAGCAAAGUACUUGACUGCUUUUAUUUGGGAAUUUUGAAAUUUAAUGGUUCUUUGACCACUGGUUACUGUAUCCAAACCUGUCAGGUACCCUUUAAUAAAUAGCACUGAUGUCUGUAUAGUGCCCCAUCACUAACGUGUCCAAGGACCCAGCGUAUGUAGCAUUUGUAUUGCAGUUUCCCUGGCUUCCUUUAUGUUUUGCACUGAUGAAUUUUGACAGGGUAAUUGCCACUGUACUUGUGCAAUACUGCUGUAAAUAACUGCAGAUUUUUUUUUUUUUUAAGAAACUCGAUCUUUUAUGUUCCUAAUGAAUUUUAUAUAAAUAAAACUUGCAACUAGA